GGCAAUACAAAUGAAGCCUGUCUUGAUUCUGAAUUGCUGCUAUCUCAGCACUCUUAUGAAGCAAAUAUAACUCACCAUACUCCAAGCUAUGCUGUGAUGCAGCUGGCCUUGCAGACACCAAGUGUGCACAAUAUAGUAAGCAUCAAUAUAUACCAUACUUAAAUUAAAUGUAUUUUAAGAAUCGGUUUACCAAUAAGUUGAAUUGUGCUCGACCAGCAGACUUCCAAAGGAAAGUGUUCAGCCACAGUUCUUUUGUUCACAGAAUAACUUUUAAAAAUGUUUUUGUACAGUUUCAAAUACCACUUUGUGACCUAGUGAUUUCAUUCACAGUUGAGAUCUCAUUCAUUUCAUUCUUAAUACCUCUGAGUGUUACCUGUGGAUUAGUAUUCCUUCUGUUUCAGUCCAAUGUGUCCUUCGCCGUCUUAACAUGUAAUUCUUCAGAUCUGUUCGCUGUUGACCAUCUUGGUAUCCUGCGGACUGUCAGAAAUUUGGUGGAAGAUGAUGCUACAUAUCAUAUUCUAGAGAUUUCAGUCUCAGCCAAAGAUUCUACUGGGUCGCAAUUGGUAGAGCUCGCAUUGGUGACUGUGGAUCUUUCAGGAUGCCUUGACCCUCCAUUAUUUGAAGAUCCUUUUUUCACGUUUAGCGUGGACGAAGGCGAGAGCGGCCUCACUGUUGGAUUUAUUAAGGCAGUUAACCGCCAUACUGGUUUGAGUGAAAAUAUCUCGUGCUAUUUGAAGAAUGAACAAAUCAAGUAUUUGUUCGAGGUAAAUCAGACGUCUGGUGAAAUCAAGACUGCUAGAGCUCUUGAUCGUGAGACCGCUGAUUUUCACCUAUUUAUUGUGGAGGCAAAUCUUCACUUUCUCAACGGGUCUUACAAAAGCCUUGCAGAAGUACGGGUAACUGUUGAAGACAUUAAUGAUAAUCCGCCAGUGCUAGCUAAAGAGGAGUACACAAUGUCUCUGAGCCUGCAUGCAAAGCCUAGUCUUCUGUUACACUUAAAUGCAAGUGAUAAGGAUAUUGGUCAAAAUGCUGAGGUGGCAUUUGAAGAUAACAGAUGGAAAUGAAAAGCAGCUAUUUUGGAUUAAUUCAUCGAGCGGGGAUUUGUUUCUCGUUGCGCCAAUAACCUUUACCGUAAACGACAUUGUUGUCCUUAUCGUAGAGGCUCGAGACGCAUCUGCCACAAAUUCCUUACGAGACACAACGCUUGUGAGGGCGUCAUUCUACGGUAAGGGAACAAGUUUUGAAGUAAGAUGGCUUCCUCUUCCUUCUUGUCACCGAGGAUGCAGUCACAUUUACUUCUAAACUCUAAAUUUACAAUUUCACUACGAAGUUAAAGAAAAAAUUUUUUUCUGUUCAAAGUUUCCCGUUCACUCAAAACACGUUUCUUAGUCCAAGUGGCUAAGUAACCAGGCCUCUGAGCCUACAGCCAGGCCUAUAGCUAGUUUCCAGUUACUACAGUUCAAAUUCGCGGAACUCCGCGACACUCCGAAGCCAGGAGAAAGUUCCUAUUUCUGAAGAAAGGAGUCUUUGCAUCUGCUUUCGUGCCUUAGUUGCUGUUGCUCGAGCGGGACACAAAGGGGUUAAGGGUGGCAUUCUACCCGAGAGGAUCCAACCCAAAUGAGAUGCAAGCAAGUAAAGACCAGGACUCAAUCUUUUCCUCUAUGGUAAAAUCAAUUCACUGUACUAAUCAUUUCCAAUCAACAAUUCCACAGUUGACACGUCUAGUUCACUUGGGAGAGUGUCAGCAAGUUGACGCUCUUGGCUCCUUUAAAAGGAAUUCAAACAGCUUAGAAUUAAUAGGUGCCCACUGGGUGAUUCUAGUGAUUUUUUUGGAACUACAUUUGCUUGAAUGUUCAUAGUCUAUCCAUUUUUCAAUUUCAAACCAAACUCAACCACUGGAGUCUUAAAUUCCUUAUUCCAAAUGUAAAAACAGUCAGGAUUUCAGUAUCGUCAGGCACCAACCGGAGUUUAUUUACUAAAUUCUUACUUAUGUAAGUCCUCUGGCUUCCACAAUCUAGCGAGAGUUGUACAGAUUGCUUCUUUGAAGUACUGAGGUUCACAGUAUCUGCCAGUGCAGUCUGCAUACGAAAUCGUUCACCAGAAACCAGUAAUGAACUCUCAGUUUCAUGUACUAUUUGGAGUUCAGUGAACAUGAGCAAAGUUUCAUUUCCUUCAUUGGAAGAAAACCUUUAAUUUGUGGACACAGACUCCCGUCGUGAUUUCCAACUUUCUGGCAGUGGAAACAUGGCUUUUUAACUUUGCAAUCUUUUAAUAGAUGAU